ACAGAAAACAUAGCUAGCUUAGAGGUGAAAGCAUUGCAAUGGAGCUCUUCUCAAACACAACAACCGUUGCUCAGAAAUCAACUAUACAAGACAACUUCUCACUUGAGGUCACCGUGCUCGGCGUCAUUCGCGGAGUGAUCUCCCUGUUUGGUAUCAUCGGGAAUUCAUUAACGAUACGGACCUUUGUCGCCAUGGGACUUAAAGAUGGCGUGACGCUGUCCUUUCUAUUUCUUUCAAUCUCCGACUUGCUGUAUUUAACUUCCAUGCUUGCGUCGACGGUUUCGUAUAUUUUUCUCAGCGUUGAGCUACUUCGUAAAUACAGCAUCUACUUCCCAAUCGAUCCCUACGGAGUGAAUAUUUACUUCUUAAACUGCGGGAGUGGCCUGUAUCUCAACACGACUCUAACCAUAACCUUUCUCUCUAUAGCGCGUUGUCUCAGCGUCGCUAAACCUCUAUGGUUCCGAAACGCCUCUGGGAAACUAAAAAUAACGAUUAUCUUUAUGAUCAUUAGCUCGUCCAUCUGCGUGGCUUUAAGUAUACCAACAUUAGCUCUGAUGGGAAUCAUUCCUAAAGCUGAUUCCAAAAUCAACGGAACCCGACCAACGCUUUGGAUUUCGCCGUUAAGAAAACUGAUCACCGCGAUAACGUGGCCAAUAGGGGGCUCUGUGAUCCCGUUCUCUGUGCAGUUUAUUCUCAUAUUUUGUAUCGGGGUAAUGACGUUUUAUCUGAAGAAAGCCUUACAAUUCCGCGAAAAAUUCACGCAGGCUACAACACUGAAGACGACGGAUGAAAACGAAAGUACGGAGAAUGAAAAAGUCGAGGCGAACAAAAGCGUCAAGUUGAAAGGACGAGAACUCCAAAUCGUGAAACAAAUGUUGAUCAUCUCCCUUGUUUUUGUGACGUGUAACAUCCCAAAGAUCAGCGUCAACACGACCAUAUUCCUCGUGCCCGAGUACUCGAUAGACGGGGCCUACGGCAAGUUGUACGAGGCGUUUGACAUGGUCAGGAACACGUUUCAAGUCAUCAACUCCAGCUCCAACAUUUUUGUUUACUACAAGUACAACUCGAGGUUUCGGAAAUUGUUUUGGAAAUGAUGUGAAUAUAGAUGUGUGAAGGUGAAAU